CGCCUUGUGACAUCAUUCAGUUGCGACGGGUCCUGCACGUUUUGUGAGUAAUGGAGGAGGAAGACAAUCCGGUGUGGAACGAGGCAGCGGAGCUGGAGAAUGCGGCAGAGGAAGAACCUCCCGGUGAAGAUUCCGAUGUUAAGAAGAAGAAGGCCGUCCCCGGAAUAAUAUAUCUGGGUCACAUCCCCCCCCGGCUCCGGCCUCGGCACAUCCGGAACAUGCUGAGCGUACACGGGGAAGUGGGACGGAUCUUCCUGCAGGCUGAAGAUCGUUUUGUCCGGAAGAAGAAAAAGAAAGCCGGCAGCAACGCUCGGGACUUCACAGAGGGUUGGGUGGAAUUCCGGGACAAGCGCGUGGCCAAGCUGGUGGCUUCCAGUUUAAACGGCACGCCGAUGGGGACGCGGAAAAAGAACAGAUUCCACGACGACCUGUGGAACAUAAAGUAUCUACAUCGGUUCAAGUGGACUCACCUGAGUGAACGGCUGGCCAUGGAGCGGCAGGUCCGACAGCAGCGCAUGCGAGUGGAAGUAUCUCAGGCUAAGAGGGAGACCAACUUCUAUCUCCAGAACGUGGAGCGCAGUAAGAAAUUCGCUAAAGCUGAGCGCAGGAGAGUCGCGGACGACGCUGGGCCGGGGCCGGGGAAGCAGCAGUGGAACUUUACUCAGCGCAAGACCGAGGAGGAGAUCCAGACUCUUAAGGCAGGAACGGGCGACCAGCGGCGGCUCCAGAAGAGGCUCAAACAGGCAGAGAAGGCGCAGGAGAAGUCGCAGACCAGCGUCUCUCUGCUGCACAAAAUCUUCAACGCUGCGUGAUGGUGGCACGUGGGUGAAAGUGUACUGCGGAGGAGAGACUAUGAGGGAGAGACUGAUGCGGCUCAGCCCGCUUAUCGUCUUAUUCUGCCACUGGCGGGAGAUUUACCGGCCUGCUGUGCUGUGUAACCAGAGGCCCAUGCCUGCUCCGUGCCUUCCCGCUCUGCGUUCCACGGCCCGGGGCGGGAUAAGCCGUAUCGGAGUGUGAUGUCAAAAGUUAUUAUAAAAAUAUUUUUCUGAGAAAGCA